UACUGACCCAUGCUGAUGUCUGUAAUCUCCUGCUGAAGGAAGAGGAGGUGCUGAUCAUCAGAGGUAAAGGGUAAAGAUCAAGCCCAAUGAUCCGACCAAGUCAUCUUCACUGCAGAUUCAGACAUCAGCAAUAAUAGGGAUGUUUAAUGAGGUAGACCUAGAAAGGGGUUUUUCCCUUGGUGGAUUCAUUAGGAGACUGGUUAAGCUCCUCAACCUUUGGCAAACUCAUGACACAAAAAGUUGCAUAUGUCAUAUGUGCUCAUUCACAAUUGGCAGGAUGAUCAAAAGUCAAGGAGAUGAAUUUAUUACUGUGAGAGUUCAGGAUCCUCGGGUGAUGAAUGAGGGAUCAUGGAACUCGUAUGUGGACUUCAAGAUUUUUCUUCAUACCAACAGCAAGGCUUUCACAGCUAAAACCUCCUGUGUGCGUCGGCGAUAUAGUGAGUUUGUGUGGCUGAAGAGGAAACUGCAGAAGAAUGCUGGUCUGGUACCUGUUCCUGACCUGCCCGGAAGGUCUUUCAUCCACUUUAACAACACAGACUUCAUUGAAAAGAGGAGAAUGGGUUUACAGAGCUUCCUGGACAAGGUGGUGCACAUGACAGUCUGCCUGUCCGACAGCCAGCUCCAUCUGUUUCUGCAGACUCAGCUUCCUGUUGGUCACAUUCAAGAUUGCGUGAAUGGUCACACUCCUUACAGCGUGACUGAUGCCAUUCUAACUUACGCCUCGUCCAAUCGUGGCUGGGCUCAGGAGGAAGGAGGUGGGCCACUGGAGCCAUGCCCAACACCAAUUUCUUAUGAAUCAAUUGAGAGCCCCUCUCCAAACGUGCCCUCUUUACAACAUGAAGAGGGAGCUGUAGAUGAGCCUGACCUAAACUCUGUUGAUUUACGAUUGCAAGAAGACAACACAACUAUACAUAAUGCAGAUCAUAGAGAUGGCCAAGAAGGAAGAGUACAGGAUGGGGAGAGUUGUGGACAACUGGAGGUGGAGGUCCAUCAGCAUGGUCCUAUUUUGGACACGCAAAACACUAAAGAAGGAAGUGAUAUCAGUAUAUUAGAUGAGCGAACACAAAUACACGACAACACCAAGGACACCAAUGCUAAUGGACUUGGAUAUGUGGUCUUGCAGGCACCCACUGCAGCAGAUAAGUCUCAGCCAAACCAUGUAGCUAGUAAUAAAAAAUUGGUCAACUUUUUUUUCUAACCAUAUUCGCUAUUCUAAGAAGCAUGUUAUAGUUUAAUGAAAAUUUUAUAAUGAUUUAAACUGGACUUAAUACAGCUUAUCUAUGAAUACACUACAUUACAACUAUUUGUCAUAUUGGUUCCAUAUUAACCUGCGGAUCCAAGCUCUUUCUCAGACACCUGCUUAUAUGUGGGUAAAGCUGGACACAGUUUCAAGUAAGCUCAUCAGUCAUUAGUAUCUAGUGAAGAGAACCAAGUUCAUGUCAAAACAAAUUACCUGACCACUAGAAGUCACUGAGACACUAGUGGUGAACAAAGUAAGUUGUCUGAUCAUAAAGAUUCUACUUACCUUAAUAGACAAAAUAUGGAUUUUUUUUUUGUAAGUUCACAUUUGAUGGUUACUUUUACAAACGAGGUAGAAUACAACCGAAGCAUAUAGCUGAGAUGCUGAUAGUUAGGGGCCUUGUUCAAGGCUUUCUGGCAGUCCUGAAAGUGUGCAUGAAGAUGAUGUACUAAAAGAUACAAUAAUGUAAGGCAUAAUUAGUGUUGAGUGUACAGUGAAGAGUGCAGUGUUUGAGCCUGUGUUUAUGAUAAAUCAGCAAAUCAUAAAAAUAAAAAGUUCUGAAGAUACAUUCAAGUUGAAGUCAUGUGCCCCAGAGACAAAGAAUCUCAAUCUUUGGACACCCCUGAAACAAAUAUGACUGUUUUUCAGACUAGUGAGAAGAAAGAUAACCAGGUGGUUAUGCUGCCUAGGAAACAUAUGACAUUGAGUAAACAAAUAUAAAGGGGCAAAGUUAAAACCUGUUUCGUAGGGUCAAGGCUUCGAGAGACUUCAGUAAUGUGUUUUUUUCUUUUGUUUGUUUUCCUGCUCAGCUGUAAACUCCGGGAAUUUGGAAUCUAGUCUUAAUAAGAUGUUUCACUCUCUCAGUGAGUGUGCAUCGAUUUGAUAGUUACGGGACCUGAGUUCACCUGAUGAUAGCCCGUCUCACUCCUUAGUGUAGAUGAUGGAAAAGAAUGAUUUUUAUGGAUUAGGACUUGUGCAGUCUUUGGAACCGCAUUCUCAGUGUACCCUAUACAGGAGGUCUAGAUGGAGUGUAGUCAACGUAAUAAUUAUUGGCACCCAUUGUAAAAACAAAAAUAGUUUUGCAUUUCAAAGUCAUUGGCACUCUUAAAGUUUACAUCUUCCUGUAAAGUGUUACAAAAACAUGUUGGUAUUUGGAUGGUGACUCUAAAUUACCCCAGAUAUGAAUAGGUAUACAAAUGUGUCUGUGCCCAGGGUGUUUUCCCAAGAUCCACUGACACCCUGACUAAGAUAAAAUGUUUAUUCCACAGCUUAGUUUCAGCAUGGCAUAGGCAACCAAUUUUUGGGCUAAAACAUCCUUCAGAAAUAAUGAUCAACAUGACAACAGCUGCAAAACAGCUGCAAGUAAUCACUGAUGCACCAUCAUAUUUUGUAGUGGGUAUGGAGGUGUUUCCUUGUAUUCAGUCCCCUUUUGUCGCCAAACACACCAAUGAUGAUGUUGAUUUUAGUUUCUUGUGAAAAUAACCAAGCAAUUCAAUUGUUCCAGUGAGCUCAGACACUAUUUUAGUGGGUUGUGCUCAGUUGUGCUCUAUUGUGCAAUGUUUCUAAACUUAAUGGUGACAUAUCACCUGAUUUUGAAACUUGAUAACCCUUAAACUGGAAUCCUUGGUUCCUAUUUUGCCUACCUCACCAUCUUCUUCACUAUGCAUGGGGGCAAUAAGCACAUGCUUUCUCCUUUGGGCACAUAUGCAACUGUUCCAGUCUUUUUAGCUGUAAUUAGUUUAUAGUUCUUUCUGUUUACAUAUGUUUUUAUACCUGUUACUUGAUUGGUGUAGGUCAGUGUCUCAUUUCGGCUGAAAGCUGUUUGGUUUUCCAGGCAGAUGACAAAGUACAGCACAUUACAGUGCAACUGUACAACUAGUGAAAAGCAGCAAUACAGAUCCUAGAGGUUGGGACAUAGUAAAAAGCAGACUAUGUAAGUGAGUGGCAAUAACUAUGAAGCCAAUGUACUGAAAAAGGUGUAAGUUAUUGAACUGAAGGGUUUGAUGAAGGGUGCCAGUACUUCUUGGGUUGACUGUAUGUUACCCAUUUCUACAGGGAAUAAAAUUUGUGAUUUGUAAAGUAAAAUAUUUCCUAUACUGCAUGCUUUGCUCUUAUUCUAUGAUGCUAGUUACAUCCUGGUAUGAAUACCAUAGCAAAAGGCUAGACAGGAGUCAUGUUCAUGGCACAGUGCGUUAUGGGUAUUCCAUAUUUGAGUUAUUGGAUAUUCCAUAUUUGAGUUAUUGGAUUUCUUGACUGCUCUGGAUAUUUCUUCACAAUGCUUUCAGACCUGGCUUACAAAGUGGCAAACCUUCAAACUAGCGCAAUAUGUUGUUAAUAAGGAGUGUCUAGAAAAUAAUUUCAGUGCCUGUAAAUCCAGCGAUUCGUAUGAAGCUGUUUGAAGCAGUAUGUCCUAAGUGGAACAGUCUGCCAUUAAUAAACCUCCAUCCAACAGAAUGUCCAAUCAUUGAUGAAAGGGGAAACAAAUUGCACAGAUGAACACACUCCACACUCCGUUACUUGUCAGUCUUGUAUAAAAUUAUUUAAUUACCCGUAAGAUUGUGAUUAUUUUAGAUUUUGGAGGUUCUGUAUGGCAGAGUACAACCUUCCAGAGCUCUACAACCUUCAGCAGUAUGCAGGAUGAUCUAGAUGCUCUGGGAGGCAAAUGUUAGACAGUGGAAGCCUGAAAGAACAUUGUCUGUUGUGAUCUCAGUUGCUGCUGAUGGGAUUUCAAGGUCAUAGAGUAAAACAGGAUUCCAUGUGUCCCUCAUACUGCAUGCCUGUUUUAAAGAACACUUGGAAUGAAUAAAGACUUCGGAUUAAUUAAGACGGUCUUGUGGAUGCAAUACAAUAGUAACGUGCCCCUAACGUUUUGUACACUUAGUCCUGUGUAUAGGUCUUCUUAGUAUAUAGGAGCUUUCCUCUCUCUUGUAGUUGUACACUGUUUAUGUUUAUUAUGUUGUAUAAUAUUGAGACCACAGGAACAAUUUAUUACAGGAGAUCUGUUGCUCUGGCUAAUUUGAAUGUUGCACAAAGCAGAGCCACAUCAAUAUGUUUGGGGAAAAAAGAAUACAUGAACACAAUAUUCACUGACACUUGAUGAUGCUGAAUGCCCAGACUAACAAAUAAAAAAACAAAAAUAAAUCAACCAAUGUGCAGGGUUCAUAAUGUAAAUAGAGAUUCAGUGCUUAGCGCUUUUUUUUUUUCUCAUAUUGUUGCACUCAAGCUAUGGGAAUUUUUUUUUUUUUGGUUUCCAGUGGUUUACAAAAGGCUGCUUAUUCUGUUGUAUGGAAAGGGAAAGCACUGUAAAAGAUUACUGAUCAAUAGCAAAGGGAACUGUUUUCUCUGAACUACUAUUUCUGAGCAUAACUGUGACUACUAUUCUGUUUGAAAUUUUAUACUGCAUUUGAUAUUGUUUCUCUGGGUUUAACUGUGUGGACUAUGAAGUAGUACAUUUAGUUUUAGAGCAAAUUAAAUUAUGCUAGACAGAACCCAUUUUCCUCUCACCGAUAUGUUUUUUUUUUUUUUAUCAUUUUAACUUCAUGGAAUCUUCAUGCUGUGAUUUUUAAAAAUUUGUUUAAAAAAGGAAUGGAAAAGGGCCAAACUUAUCUGUGCACUGACCUUCAAGGUUCUGAAAAUGAUUAUAUGUACUAAUGACAAAUAAAGGUGAGAUAAAUAACUUGUGA